AUGGAUGCUGCUGCACCGGCCAUUACAUCGGCGCAGACGUCACCACGACCUUCACCCGCUGCCCAAGAAGAUCUGGCUCUCUUGAUGGGUGUCACUGAAGCCGCACAAUCCCCUCAUGAGCUCAUGCUGAACCUCAGCGUCCUCUUGACGAGGUUGUCUCCUCCCCAACUGCAAGGUCUGGCAGCCCUGAUGCAAGCGCAGAGCAAGCGUCAACAAGAGCAGCAGGCCAAGCUGCAGAUUCAAGGUGGCGCCUCGGGCACCGCAGGCUCCAACGGCACCUCGCCAGCGCAUGGCGCCGGUGCAGCUCAGCCCAGCUCAGGCGGUUUCAAGCCUCCGCAGACUCGUCCACCUUCGGAUCCCUUGGCAGCUGCAGCCGCAGUCAGCAAUCUAGCUGCUUCCUCAGCUGCCGUCGCGGCUCAGAAGCAAGCGAUGUCUGUGUCUCCUUCCACCUCGUCAUCAAGCCCGGCGACGAAUCCUAUGCGUGGGUCCGACAAUCCUCCUGUAUCCAAAGAGCCGCCGAGGUGA